CCACACAAACGGUCAAAACUCGCUCUCAUUGCCUUCACACUCUCACACUGCCGUCUCUCUUUCUCUCUUUCUUCCUCUCUCUGUCUCUGUGGGGGCGACUUUCCUUCUUCGUCUGAGUCAUGGGAAUGUUCGCGACGCUCUUUUUGCUGGGUUUCCUUUCGUUUCUUGGAAUGCAGCCUCCUCUAAUAAUGGCUGAUUGCCCUUUAGAUCUGACCGGAUCUAAUUUCACCAUGGUCGCCUCAAUGUGCUCCACUAAAGAUGACAGAGGAAAGUGUUGCCGCUACAUUAAUGCGUUUAUUGCAGUUUCUAUUGCUCGCUAUGCAAAUGCCACAGGCAACCUAGGGGUUGCUGCAAAUACGUCUGAAAUCUGCCUACAUUCCAUAUCAGAAACUUUGGACCUGUAUGGAGUUACACGAAAUGCAACAGCGUUUUGCGGGUUCGGAACAAAAGUUCCAGUUAAUUAUGAGUGUGAGGGUCGGACAACUGUCACCCAGAUGUUGGAGUCUCCAAAAUUUGUGGAUGUGGCUGCAAAUUGCAAAAUGCCACUUUCAGAGGAAAGUAAUUGCAAGAAAUGUGUAAAUGCUAGCAUCACAUACCUUCAUCUUCUGAUAGGAACUGAAGAUAAUAUGACACUGAGUACGUGCCGUGAUGCAACUUUUGUUGCAAUUGCAAGCCAAGUUGAUGGCAUUUCGUCUGUCGAAACUGCAAGCUGUUUCUUUGGAGUUCAAGGGAUCAGCACACUUCCAGUUUCAGAACCGGCCCCAUCUUUGCAGCCUGUGGCUUCUCCAAGUCCAUUGGUUGCUGAGAGCCCACACCAACUAAUGUUGGGUAUAGCCUCAACUAAAAACCACCAUCGCUAUCACCUGACAUUGAUUCCAGGUGUCGGGAUUGCUGUUACAGCAGUUGCUGUUAUGAUGCUGGUAGUCUUGGUAUUUCUUAUUCGCAGGAAAAACAGAGAGCUGGAGGAUUCUGAAAAUAUGGAUAAGACAUCUUCAAAAGCUUUUCCUCCUCGGCCUGUGCGAAAAUUUCAGGAAGUUCCUUCAUCUAUGUUCCGAAAAUUCACCUAUAAGGAGAUAAAGAAGGCAACAGACAAUUUCAACACAGUCAUUGGGCAAGGAGGAUUUGGAACAGUUUACAAGGCUCAAUUUAGUGAUGGCAUAGUGGCAGCAGUAAAACGUAUGAACAAAGUUUCGAAGCAGGGGGAGGAUGAUUUCUGCAGAGAGAUUGAGCUUCUUGCUAGACUGCAUCAUCGUCACCUUGUUUCUCUAAGGGGCUUUUGCAUUGCAAAACAUGAGAGGUUUCUCAUGUAUGAGUAUAUGGCAAAUGGAAGCUUAAAGGAUCAUCUUCAUGCUCCUGGUAGAACUCCUCUCAGUUGGCGGACUAGAAUGCAGAUUGCUAUAGACGUGGCUAAUGCUCUGGAGUACCUCCAUUUCUAUUGUGAUCCUCCUCUGUGCCACAGAGAUAUUAAGUCCAGCAACAUUUUACUAGAUGAGAACUUCGUGGCUAAGGUUGCAGAUUUUGGCCUUGCACAUGCUUCGAAAGAUGGUUCUAUUUGUUUUGAGCCAGUAAAUACUGUUAUCCGGGGGACUCCAGGUUAUAUGGAUCCUGAAUAUGUUGUCUCUCAAGAACUCACUGAGAAAAGCGAUGUUUACAGCUAUGGCGUGCUACUGCUGGAGAUAGUGACUGCAAGACGAGCAAUACAAGACAAUAAGAAUCUAGUGGAAUGGUCCCAAACUUACACUGCAUCAGAAUCAAGGCUACCUGAGCUAUUGGAUCCUAGUAUCAGGGAUUCUUGUGACUUAGACCAACUUCAAACAGUAGUCUCUAUUGUCAGAUGGUGUACCCAGAGAGAAGGCCGAGCUCGGCCUUCGAUUAAACAGAUUCUUAGGCUUCUAUAUGAGAGUUCUGACCCAAUGCAAAACAGCCUUUUACAAGCAUUGGAAGAUGAAGAGUAUGAAGGAACUGAAGGGAGAGGAAGGACAAGCAAGGGGAAAAUGCAUAGGCAUGAUGCAAUCUUUCACAGUGGAGAUGGAAGAUAUCUUGCUUCUUCCUCAAGUACAUCUAGGUCAUAUUGUAGUAGGAGCUUUUUACUUGAAACUGGAUCUCCACAGUCUCCACCCAAUAUACUCUCUCUUUGAUGCCAAUCAUUUGGGUAGAAGCAGUUGGACAUGGACUAAGCCAUUGUUGAAAGCAUUGGUUAGGAGGGCUUGAAUUAGGUUGCAAUUAUGCUUGCUUUUCCAUCCUCACCAAGUAAAAGUUUUCAUCUCCCAGAGGCAAAUUGAAGACAUCAAGAUUAUUUCUGGCUUCGGUUAAAGGAGAAAAAAGGAGUUUUUAAGAGCAGUCACACGUUUUUGUUUUAUGUUUGUUGAAAUUUUGGGAGAAAUGAAAGUAUCACUUCAGUUUUAUUCCUGAGUAUA